AUGUCCAAGAUACUUAAUAUAUCUGAUCUUCAGGAGUCAGCUUCAAAGUCCCUUCCCGUUUCGGUGAAAGAUUUCUUCAAUUCUGGCGCAACAAACCAAGUCACACUCCAUGACAAUUAUACUGCGUACAGAAAAUACCGUCUCCUCCCCAGAGUUCUUAAAGAUGUCUCCCAAGUCAACACAAGCAUCUCCCUCUUCGAUCGAGAUAUCCUCUUCCCCCUGUGUGCCUCACCGGCCGGAUUACAAGUCCUGGCCCAUCCAGAUGGAGAAUUAGCAACAAGCAGAGCAUGCGCUAGAACAGGCGUGAACAUGGGAGUCUCUUCCUACACCGGUAAUCCAGUCGAGCAAAUCACCGAAGCAGGAAACGAAGUCGGACCUAUCCACCACGUCAUGCAGCUCUACUCAAUGAACGACAAAGUCAAACAAGAGCGCAUCGUGCGCCGCGCUGAAGCUGCAGGCUGCAAGGCAAUCUUCUUGACAGCCGAUAGCCCUGUUCUUGGUGUUCGCUGGAAUGAAUGGCGGAGUGGGUUCAAGCCUCCCCCCGGCGUCGGGUAUCCGAUGUACGAGAAGACAUCGGAUGAGAUUCAGGCGCAAUCUCACGAUGAUGGAUUUGCCGCGACAAACUCGGAUUCUCAUUCUUGGGCUACGGAAAUUCCUUGGUUGCGUAGUAUUACUAAGAUGGAGAUCUGGAUUAAGGGCGUUCUUACGCCUGAGGAUGUUGAGACGGCUAUUGAGUAUGGCUGUGAUGGUGUUAUUAUUAGCAAUCACGGUGGCAGGCAGCUGGAUGAGACCCCCGCUACUAUUGAUGCUCUUCCUGCUUGCGCUAAGGUUGCACGGGGACGAAUCAGGAUCCAUAUUGAUGGUGGGAUUCGGUCUGGGGCUGAUAUCUUCAAGGCGCUAGCUCUGGGUGCGGAAUGUUGCUGGGUUGGUCGUCCUGUGCUUUGGGGUUUAGCGCAUGACGGUCAGCAGGGAGUCGAGUUGAUGUUUAAAAUUCUUUACGAUGACUUCAAGCGAUGCAUGCAGCUUACAGGGUGUAAAUCGGUUUCAGAAAUUCGCCCGGAUCGGUUGGCUAUUCUCAUCAGUAACAAUAAGAAACACGACCCAACCAACUCAGUUGACAGCAUGCAAUCCGAAAAAGAACUGCUUGUCGAUGUGAUCGAGGUAUAUGAUACUGAGAAUAAUGGCUUUGUCCCCAAACACCAUGGUUGCAAGAGACAGGGACGCCCCUGUCUAGCUCGGUUCCUGCGGAAGGGUAUAUGCGCCUUUGUCCUCACCGGAUUGGCAAUAUAUUACUUCGGUCUCCCAUACAGUGCUCCGUCGAUCAACGCGCCCUCCCCUCAUCCCGAGGCUUCUCCGCUUUGCCAGUCGGAGGAAUGCGUACACGCUGCAUCCGAGAUCCUGUACAACCUGGAUCCCAACUACGAGCAGGUUGAUCCAUGCACCAAUUUUGAUCAAUAUGUCUGCGGUGGAUGGCGAGAGAAUCAUGAUAUGCGCCCCGACCAGGGAUCGAUCUUUGCUGGCACAAUCAUGGAAGAGAAUGCGCAGACUCGACUCCGUCAUAUCUUGGAGCGCUCGGAGGCUCCUGAGCCUGCCGAUGCUGAUAACUUCAAGAAGCUGAAAGCUGCUUACGAUGCUUGCUUGGAUGAGCCCGCCAUCAGCAAGCGAGGCACUAAGCCUUUGACUGAUAUCUUAGAUGAACUCAAGAAGAUCUAUCCUGCUAAGACUGGACUGGUCAAGGGAGCCCAGGACCACCUCACCAGUGCGAUAUUGUAUCUCCUGAACGCUGGCGUUGAGGCCUUGGCCUCCCCGGGUGUUACUCCCGAUGACAAGGACCCAGAUAAUGUCGUUGUAUUUGUUACGCCUCCUCGGCAAAUCGGACUUCCCGCAAGAGAGUAUUAUAAUAACACCAAGAUUGUGACUGACUAUACCUCUGCUUUUAAGCAAGUCAUCCAAGGAUUUGCUGGAGAUGGACACGACAAAAUUGUUGAAGAUGUCGUUGCAUUUGAGAGCAAGCUUGCCGAUGUGACUCCGGAUACGCAGACUCAAGAAGAUGUUACCAAAUAUUAUAACCCCCUUAGCGUCAAGGAAACCGAGGCUUUGUUGCCAGAGAUUUCUUUUACUGACAUUCUUACCUCUCUUGCACCGCACGACUAUAAAGGCGAUCGCUUGAUUGUUGGGUCACCCCCUUAUAUGAAGGCCUUGUCUGGGAUCUUGAAGGACACCCCUAGAGAAACGGUCUUGCUUUUCUUGCAGUGGAAGCUUAUCCAAGCCCUUGAAGGUGCCAUUGAAGACAACGCGAUUGAGCCUCUUCGUCGAUUCAAGAAUGAGCUCGCCGGCAAAGAGCCCCAGGCGAAGCAAGAACGGUGGCGCAAGUGUCUUGCUCGCCUGGACGAGGGUCUUGGAUGGAGUCUCAGCCGGUUCUACGUGCUCGACUCUUUCCCUGAAGAUUAUAAGAAGCUUGGUGAUCAGAUCGUGUCUGACAUCAAGGAACGAUUUAUUUUCACCUUGGACGAAACUAAUUGGAUGUCUGCGGAUGUGCGCAAGCUUGGUAUCCAGAAGGUUGAAAAUAUUAUCCAGAAGAUCGGAUUCCCUACCAAGAGCCCUGAUGUCACAGACCCCGAAGACGUAAAGAAAUUCUACCGCGACCUGGAAGUGGCGAAAGAUACCUUCUUCGAGAAUGAGGUGGCUGUGGCUAGAUUUGAUCUUCAUAAUGAAUGGUCCAAGCUUGGAAAGCCAACUAACCGCGAUGAAUGGGACAUGACUGCGCCGACAGUCAACGCCUAUUACAAUCCCCCAGGCAAUGAGAUUGUCUUCCCUGCCGGCAUCAUGCAAGCCCCGGCUUUCUACGGACCAUCCGCCCCGCUGUAUCUAUCCUACGGCGCGUUCGGUUCUGUCAGUGGCCACGAGCUGUCACACGCAUUUGAUUCCACUGGUCGUCAUUAUGACGAGAAUGGAAACUACACCAACUGGUGGGACGACAAGACCGUCGAGGGCUUCGAAGAGCGAGCCCAAUGCUUCGUUGACCAGUACUCCAACUACACCGUCACAGGCCCUGAUGGCAAGGUCCUCCACGUCAAUGGACGAUUGACACUAGGCGAGAACAUCGCCGAUGCAGGUGGCCUCACCGCUUCAUUCCAUGCAUGGAAGAAGCAUGAUGAGGCGAAGCCUGACGUUCUCCUACCGGGCUUGGAAGCCUUCACCAAAGAGCAAUUGUUCUUUAUUUCGUACGGCAACUGGUGGUGUGGCAAAACCACCAGGGAAGCGGCUGAACAGGCGAUCUAUAACGAUCCUCAUGCGCCCAAGUCCGCUCGUAAUAUUGAAACCAUGGCCAACUCCCGGGAAUUUAGGGAUGCUUUUAGUUGCCCAGAGCGCAAGCCAGUUUGCCAACUCUGGUAA